CCACUAUUGCUUUAUCUCAGCAGCAUUAGGCCAGAUGUUUUGCAGCUCAUGUUAUCUGAUUACAGAAGUGACUCAUUCUUGUCCUUCCGCUUGGGUGCGAAAAAUCUUCAAAUAAUGGUCUCAAAAAAAAGUCAGUUCCUAAACUGACCAUAUAAGUUUUUCUCUGAUGACUCCGGAGCCAGUGCUUAAGACAAGACCUACAAUCAGAGUGGUUCUUGCUCCCCAGUCCAUUGAGGAAUCUGCUGUACUGGGUAUCUAAAGACUAUGUCUCUGCUCCUGAGGAGUAACAGCACAUACAAGCCAGAUGAUGGUGCCACACUACAGUACGCGCCAGAAAUCAUUGGUUCCUUAAUUAUCUUCAUUGUCACCUUUAUCCUGGGUCUCCUGGGCAAUGGCUUGGUGAUCUGGGUGGCUGGCCUGAAAAUGAAGCGGACCGUGAACACUGUGUGGUUCCUGCACCUUGCCAUGGCUGACUUCCUCUGCUGCAUGUCUCUGCCAUUCUCCAUCAUUCACCUGAUCCUCCAUGAGUACUGGCCAUAUGGCCACUUCCUCUGCAAGGUUAUCCCAUCAGCCAUCAUCCUCAACAUGUUUGCCAGUGUCUUUCUCCUCACUGCCAUCAGCAUUGACCGGUGCUUGAUGGUAAUGAAGCCAGUUUGGUGUCAGAACCACCGUACUGUGAGACUUGCAUCAGUGAUGUGCGGUUGUAUCUGGCUCCUGGCCUUUGUUAUGUGCUGUCCUGCCUUCCUCUACCGUGAGACCUUCUCAGAUGAAUUCGGCAAAACUCUGUGUCAUUAUCAAUUUGGAAAUGAUAGGGAUUAUGGAGAUUAUAUGGAUUACAGGAAUGAUUCAGGGUUGAGCUCUGGCAUAUCCCUAGAUGACUAUCCUGUUGGUUUCUCCAGUGCUGAUAUUCCUGGCAGCCUUUACAAUGAUACUAACUUACUUUGGAACUUGAAUGAUUACUUCUCCAACAGCAGUCGGCCAACCGCCCUACUGACGAUCAGUAUUACCAGGAUGGUUUUUGGCUUCCUCCUUCCCUUUAGCAUAAUUGCAGCUUGCUACAUCCUUAUUGCCGUCAAGAUGCAUGGAGCCCGAUUUACCAAACCCCGUGGUAAGACCCUGCGAGUGAUCCUGGUUGUGGUAGUUGCAUUCUUUGUCUGUUGGGCUCCAUUUCAUGCAGUUGAGGCACUGUCUCUCCUAGCUAUGCCAGGCACCAGAUUUAGGGAGACAGUGGCACUGUGGGACCACCUCUCUACAGCACUAGCCUAUGCCAACAGCUGCAUCAACCCUUUGCUCUACGUAUUUGUGGGGCGGGACUUCAGGCGGAAGGCACGCCAAUCAGUGCAAGGCAUCUUGGAGGUCGCGUUCAGUGAGGAAGUUACAUGUUCCACUUCCUACUCACGGGACAGGACCAAGGCUUCAGCAGACAGGGAUAUCAGCAGCAACACCCUCUAAAAUGGGGAUUCCAGACAGCACUGCCAGGGCAGGAGGAAGACAUUUGCACCUUCCAUGGCUGUGACUUUUUGCUUGAGGACAGCAGAGCCAGAACAAUGAGUUAGACAAUAAUCUGUACGGGAUGCCCAUGGGGACUGGGGCAGUUCAGAACAGGCCAACCUCCCCUUUAAUAGCCUCCUAAAGAGAGGGGAGAUUGGCCUAUUCUGAACUGAAUCUUCCGAUGGGACACACAAGGAAGGCAGAGCGCCCCCUAUCUGAGAGAGAGAAGUGCACUUGUGAGAAGAUGUAUGGUGGAAUUAUGUAGUUACUCCUUGACAUUACUAAAUAAGAAUGUGGUUGCAGAAUAUCUAUGUAUCACAUUUAUUAAGCAUGUAUCGCAUCAUCUGUGCCUAGUAAAUUACAGGGAGAAGAUACUUUGACAUUUCCCCUUGGAACUUGUCAUCAUACCUUUCCCCACCCUUAACUCUUCUUCAGCUGGGACCCUGAACUUUUUCACAGCAGUGCCCAGCAGGAGUGCACUCUGGGAAUGCUAGUUUUCCUCACAACAGUGCAUUGUAGCAGACAUCCCCUACCUGCUCAUCAGCAAUGGAAACUGCCUUUCAUGCCAAUAUUCUUAGGGUCUUUCAGUUAGUCAUGGCUUUCCUCCUGUCCUCCUACUAUUCUUCUUACCAUUCCUGUCUCCAAAGGGCCACUUCUCUUAUUUUCCAUGCCAGCUCAAGGAGAGUUUCUACAUCUCAGCUAAUACAUCACUGCACAAAAUCAGUAACUGGGGCAUAAGGGGCAAUUUUCAGAAAAGCAAACCUCAUGCUGGUGACAUGGGUUCAUUAGUAAUAGGACCCUCCUUUAUGGCUUUAGAAGGUCCCCAUGAUAUUACAGCCUGAGAUACAGUGAUGAGGCAAUUAAGGUAGGUCCCACUAAUCAUGGAGAUGUCCCUACUGCAUCUAAAGCUGCUGGAUACCUAAGCAAUCAGAGCAGAGGUUGCCUUCUAGUAGGUAACCCUGAGCAGGCUGGAGCUGAGUCACCCCUUCUGUAAAAUUUCAGAAGGGAGAUGGCUGUGAAAGUGGUGUGCCUGACUUUCAACUGUAUGCUUCUAUUAGACACGAGAAAGGACAGAGAUAUGGAAGGAAGUGGCCAUACAAAUACACACAGUGCUAGAAAUAGUCAUGCACACAAAGAGCCUGUUGUUUCCUUCAGUGCAAAAUCUUAGAGAUAGACCAAAGUCACAGUUCUGAUCAGAUAUAAACUUCUCCAAUGCUCAGAUGUGCAAAGUAAAAGAUGCAUAUGGAAAAGUUUUAAAGCAAGGGAGCACUGUCUAUACACAGGGACACUACCUGACUCCCAAGUCUUUGAGUGAAGAUAAAUGCUGCACCAAACAGUGGUGACAUCAUGGUAGGGGUCUACUAUACACCACAAAGCAGGAAGUGUGAUGGAUUAGGCAUUUUUAGAACCACUAACAGAAAUAUCCAAAACAUGAGACUUGGUAGCAAAGGGGGAUUUUAACUAUCCAGAUAUUUGUUGGGAAAGUGACCCAGCAAACCACAAAAUUCCCGUAAGUCUUGGAAUGUACUGGGACAUAUUUUUUCUUUCCGAAGGCGGAACAAGUAACAAAUGGGGCAGCUAUUUUAGCCUUCAUUCUGACGAACAGGGAGGAAAUUGUUGCAGUCUGAAGGUAGAAGGCAAACUGGGUGAAAGUGAUCAUGAUAUUUGAGAUUUCCUGAUUCGAAGGAAAUGAAGGAGGAAGCAAUGGACUUCCAAAAAGCAGCCUUUAACUAACUCAGAGAACUGGUAGGUAGGGUCCUCUGGGAAAAAAAUCUAAGGGAAAAAGGAAUGCAGCAGAGUUGGCAAUUUCUUAGAGAGACAAUAUUAAAGGUACAACUGCAAAUUAUCCUGAUGGAAGGAAAUAUAGGAAGAAUAGUAAGAGGCCAAUAUAGCUUCAUCAGGAGCUCUUUAAUGA